AUGCCUUUUAAGAAAAGCUGCCACUUGCCACGUUUGUAUGGCUAUUUCCGCACUCCACUUUCGAUAGAUGACUCUAAAGUUUCCAAAGCUCUGCUGAAACAAAUCAACCUCAAGGGAGUGAAGAAAAUAUCGUUUAGCUUCAAUCCUUUAUUAGAAAAAACUCAGUCUGUCAGAUCUCUUUGUACAGUGCUAAGUGAACCUCGGUGGAGAGCAUCUAAUUCCAGUCUUUCAACUAAAGUAAAUGUGCUUUCGGAAAAUCGUCCUGCUGAAGUCGAAGUUUCUUAUAGUAUGUGUAUGUUGACAAACUCUAAAAGAUUUCAGAUUGUGAUUCCUACGUCUAUGGAUAACUAA